CCUAGUUCCGUGAUUACACACUGAAGGUUCUAGUUGGCAGCCCUCAGCAUAGAUGCAUUCAACAACUGCCUCACAGUAAAUUGAUCUAUCUACCAAAUUCUGCUAAGAUGUUUUGGUUCGAGGGUUCAAUACCAGCUGCCAUUGCCACUGCCAAACAACAAAAUGCUGUAUUCGUCGUCGUUAUAACAGGAGAUGAUGAACCAUCCACACAGAUGAUGUCAAGCUGGGAGGAUGAUCAAGUCACCGAAACAUCCAACAACUCCUUCGUAGCUAUUAAAAUAGACGCCAAGAGUGAAACCUGUGUCCAGUUUUCCCAAAUUUAUCCUGUGGUGUGCGUCCCGUCCAGUUUCUUCAUUGGAGUGAAUGGGAUUCCCCUGGAGGUUGUUGCUGGCAGUGUGUCUGCAGAAGAGCUCUCAAAGAGAAUCGACAAAGUCAAACAGAUGCACUUUCAGCAGGCAGGUCAACAAAAUGACAGCACAGCUGAGACAGAGAUGCAGGCGGAACCCCUCUCUCAGACCAGCACGGCUCUAGAGGCAGCUGCCCAGCACACGCCAACCCCUCUUGACCCCAACCCGCCUGCCUGCCCCAUGGAGAACUCAGAGGAGCCUGCCCCCGCCUCCACAUCUAAAGAAUCGUUGUCAAGACCAGCCGAAGAGGAUGGAGCCUCAGGCCCUGCGACACCAGGUGAUGACAGGAGCCUGUCCUCAGACGACGUGUCCCUCGCCUCACAGCCAGAAGAAGGGCUGGAUGUCAAGGUGGACAGGUUGAACAAGAAACUGGAGGAGAAGAGGGAGCAGAAAAAGAAAGGAGAAGAGGAGAAUGAGAUCAAAAAAGAGAUGGAGCGACGACAGCAUGGGAAAGAGAUGCUGGAUUACAAACGCAAGCAGGACGACGACAGGACCAAACGCAUGUUGGACGAGAGGAACAGGGAGAAGGCGGAGGAGAAGGCAGCCCGUGACCGGGUCAAACAACAGAUUGCUCUGGACCGAGCUGACCGUGCUGCCCGCUACUCCAAGAACCAGGAUGAGGUGGAGGCGGUCAGGAUUGCAGCCCUACAGGCCAGGCAGGCUGAGCAGGAGGCCAAGAAAGAGUCGACACAGCGGGAGAGGAGUGCCAUUGCGAGGAUACAGUUCCGCCUGCCAGACGGCUCCUCGUUCACCAACCAGUUCCCCUCGGAGUCGCGACUGCAGGAGGCCAGGCAGUUUGUAGCACAGGAAGUGGGGAACAGGUACGGCAACUUCACCUUGGCUACCACAUUUCCCAGGAGGGAGUUUACGGGAGAGGAUCUGGAGAAGACCUUCCUGGAACUUGAGCUAGCCCCAAGCGCCUCAAUUGUACUGCUCCCUUCGGGCAGAUCAGCCAAUGCGGUGGUGCAGUCGUCAGGUGGGGGCAUGUGGGCCCUGCUUGGCACCAUCCUCUACCCUCUGCUGGCCGUGUGGAGGUUCCUCAGCGGGUUCCUCUUCUGCAGCCCCCCACCCGCCUCAGGAGGAGGACCCUCCCAGAACCCCCCUCAGCGUAAUGCCACGCCCUCCACAUCCUCUGGGGAGCCAAAGAGGGAGACGAUUCGCAAAAGGGUACUAGAGAAGCGGCCAGAGGACUUCAAAAAAGACGGCAAGAUCUACCGGCUACGGACUCAAGAGGACAGCGAAGACGAAAACAACACCUGGAAUGGCAAUUCCACUCAGCAGAUGUAGAGCAAACAAAAGCAACAACUUCUCCCAUACCUCUCCUUCUCGUUCUCUCUCUGAUCCGGUUCGUGUGUGUGUGUGUGUGUGUGUGCGUGUGUUAGUCCAAAUGGUGGAUUAUGCUGAGUUUAAGCCUUUGCUUUUUUUAUGGGGAAGGGGGGUAUGGUGGUGUCACAACCCCUCUCGAGUCCAUAAAUGUUUCCUCAGCUACUUCCCUGCAUGGGCAAAUAUAAUCCAGUUAACGCCAUCAGCUUGACCGAGUACCCUUUGUGAACAAUCUACUGGAUGACUUCUCCCGUAAACAAUGACAAUGUCUUUUUCUCUUAACCUGGAUUGUUUAAACGUAAAAAGGCAAAGGUUAGGAGGCCCUAAGCGCCUGGGAUGGGAAUGACCAGAGCACUCACUUGAUGGGUUUUUAUUUAACAGUAAUCCCAAUGACCUAGAGGACGCUAAAUGAACCUGACCAAGGGCUCUAAGGCAAGGAAGCAGUUGCCACCAGCAGCACGUUUUGUAUCAAGGCUCCCAGCUCUUGGUUCAGACAGCCACGGAAUUAGAAUGUGUUUCUAUUAGUUGAUGAUGGAAUCCACUCUAGCAUUCUUAUCUAACUAGACGAAUGAUAAUAAAAGAUGUUUUUCAACAAA